AUGGCAGAAAAAAGGGACUCACCAAACUCCCUUGCGGGCCACCCAGUCCGCUCCUCAACCCACGUUCAAUAUCUCAACGACAAAGAGAUUGACGAAUUUCUCGACGACCUCGACCACAAUGGGGAUGGUUACAUCAACUACGAAGAAGUCGAGAGGAAGCUUGACGAAACCCAUCAUGAACUCGUUCCCAAGCCGAGUUCCCAUCACGUCAUACGGCGCGACCACGAUGGCGAAGACGACCGCGCUCGACAUGCUUUUUUGAGGAGUAUCAUGGGUUCCGAUGCUGAGCGCAUUCCAAGGAACGACUUUUCCAAGCUCGUUCGUCAGUGGAGAAUCCCGUCCCUACAACAAGCCAAGAAGGAGGAAGAGGAUGAGAAGAGCUACAUCAAGCGUCUGCCGGGAUGGCGAAGGAUUCGUGCCUACUGGGCAGUCCACGGCCCAGAGAUUGUCUUUAUCGGCCUGGUCAUCUCUUUGCAAUGCGCCUUUGGUGUGUGGCAGCUUGUCAAGUACCAAACUACUCCACAAUAUCGGGCUGCUUUCGGCUGGGGCGUCGUCAUGGCCAAGACAUGCGCCGGAGCUCUAUAUCCGACCUUCUUCUUCCUCAUCCUGAGCAUGUCGCGGUACUUUUCCACAUGGCUACGCAGGUCGUAUCACAUCUCACGCUUCCUGAACUGGGACCUGUCUCAGAAGUUUCACAUUCGCAUCUCCUGCGUUGCCAUCCUCCUCGCGACAUUGCACGCGCUUGGCCAUCUGACAGGCUCCUUUGUGCACGGUAGCGACCGAGCGAACGAACAAGAGGUUGCCGAUGUACUUGGGCCUGAUAUGGUGCCUCGUCCUUAUGUCGAAUACGUGCGAUCACUGCCUGGCUUCACGGGAAUUACAGCUCUUGGCCUAUUUUAUCUGCUCUCAAUCUUGAGCAUCCCUCAGGUUCGCAGGUGGAACUACGAGAUCUUCCAGCUGGGCCACUUACUCAUGUUCCCGAUUAUCGGCCUGAUGAUGGCACAUGGCACUGCUGCAUUGCUUCAAUGGCCCAUGUUCGGCUACUUUCUUGCCUUCCCAACGCUUCUCGUUAUUGUUGAGCGAAUCGUGCGAGUCUUCCUAGGAUUCCAUCGCAUCAACGCCACCAUGAAAGUUUUGGACAAGGAGACUGUUGAGAUCACAGCUGUCAUUCCGAGUGAGCGGCUUUGGAAGUACAAGGCAGGCCAGUAUGUCUUCCUUCAAGUUCCACAGAUCAGCUUCUUUCAGUGGCAUCCCUUCACGGUUUCUUUCUGUCGUGGUCAGAAGAUGAUGUUGCAUAUCAAGACGGAUGGCAACUGGACGGGGAGACUACGUCAACUGGGAGGUGAAUCGGGCGAAUGCAACAUUGAGAUCGGGAUCAAUGGGCCAUUCGGCGCUCCAGCACAGCGCUUCUAUGACUUCAGCCACUCCAUCAUCAUCGGUGCUGGUAUUGGAGUCACUCCCUUCUCGGGCAUCCUCGCUGAUCUUCAAUACAACGAUGAUCUGGACCACGGCGGCCCGGGUAAUGAUGCACCGCGCGGUCGUCAUGACUCGGAUGCUACUAUCAACGACACUUCGAUUCAACCAGAUCAACACUCCCAACGAGACGUGCUGAAUGAAGGCAAGAAGCCCCAGGCUGAGAAAUCGCACACAUUCUCAGAAGACUAUCGCCGCGUGGACUUCCAUUGGAUGGUUCGCGAUCGAAACUACCUCCGAUGGUUCUCCGAUCUGCUCAACGACGUCUCGCGUAGUCAGGAGUGGCAUCGUGAGCACGAGAUACACCCCCACCUCGACAUCCGCAUCAACACCCAUGUAACAGCAAAGCGCAAGGAUAUCUCUACCCAUGUUUAUCGCUGGUUACUUGAGAUGCACCGUACCGAGGAGCAUCCUGCCUCCCCUCUAACUGGUCUGCUGAAUCCCACUCACUUUGGUCGUCCGGAUUUUGAGAAGAUUCUUGAUGAGCACUAUGAGGAGAUGCUCAAGUUUCGGGCUAGCAAGCGAAUGCAAGAAAGAGAAAAGACUAGCGAGUCGGAUGAGGAAGACGAAGAGUUAAAGGUGGGCAUCUUUUACUGCGGUGCGCCAGUUGUUGGUGAAAUCCUGGCAGACAAGUGUCGUGAGCUCUCCACAAGAGGGCGUCAAGAUGGAAGCAAGCUAGAGUAUCACUUUAUGAUUGAAGUAUUCGGUUAA